CUGCAAACGUUCCCUAGCUCAUGACAGAUAAACAUUCUCUGCUGCAGAUUUGUUCGCUUGCUGCGAGGCCCUUCCGGCGGCCAGCAGACCCAGCACAACCACUCCAUGACGGCCGGCAUGACUCCAACAAUUUCAGGUCCAAGAACUCCCAUGCACCGUCUGCUGAUGACAGAUAAACAAUAUAUAUAGAGAGAGAGAGAGGAGAGAAGGAAAGAAAAAAAGGAAUAGGAAGAGAGAGAGAGAGAGGGAGAAGAAAAUCACAAGAGGAAAGAGAGGGAGAAGAAAAUCACAAGAGGAGGGAAACAGCGAGUAAGCCACUUUAGCGUUCAAUCUCAUUGCUUGGUGUGUUAGGUUUGUUUUCUCUCUCUACGUACUGUUGGCAUUUUCCUUGAGAAGACAAAAUAUGUUCUUUAGGGGACCAGAGCAACAGCACCAUCAUCAUCACCCUCUUUCUCUCUCUAGAUUAGAGCAAUCUUUCUCUCUCAAAAAAAACUGCAAUGAUCAACUUUACCACACCCUCCUCUUCCUUUGAUGAUCCUUGCCGCCUUUGCCCCCCUCUUUGCCCUUUAUUCCCUGCCUCUAGUUGCUUUGCUUGCCGCUAACGAACUGCUUUCCAUUGCUAGGUCCUAGCCCCCUCUUCCAGCAACACGCAAUGCCCGCAGCCAUAGCUGCACCUGCUAGCCUAGCCAUGAAGGAGUUCUCGUACGAGGAGGUGGAGGCGGCGACGGGCGGGUUCGCGGCCAAGAACCUGGUGGGAAAGGGCAGCCACGGCAGCGUGUACAGGGCCAGGCUGAAGGAAGAAGGCGGCAGGACGGCCGUCGUCGCCGUGAAGCGGCCGUCGCACGCGCAGGGGGAGGCCAAGCUCGGCAACGAGAUCGCCGUGCUCUCGGCCGCCCCGCGCCACCCGGGGGUGAUCGGCAUCGUCGGGGUUUCGUCGUCCCCCGCCGGCGCCGCCGCGCCGGGGCCUCGGCUGCCUCCGCUGCUCGUCAUGGAGUUCAUGCCCAACGGGUCGCUGCACGACCUGCUGCACCGGUCGCCGAGGCCGCCGCCGUGGCCGCGCCGCGUGGAGAUCGCGCUGGACGUGGCGCGCGCCGUGCGGGCGCUGCACGCCGCGGCGCCGCGCGUCAUCCACCGGGACGUGAAGUCCGCCAACGUCCUCCUCGGCCGCGACGGCCGCGCCCGGCUCGCGGACUUCAGCCUCGCCGUCAGCGUCCAGGACGACGACGAAGGAGAAGGCUCGGCGUCGGCGGGGCCAGCGCCAGCGCCAGCCCCGGCGGGCACGAUCGGGUACCUGGACCCCUGCUACACGGAGGCCGGGCGGCUGGGCCCCGCGAGCGACGUGUUCAGCUUCGGCGUGGUGCUCCUGGAGCUGGUGAGCGGGCGCAGGGUGAUGGACGUGGACUCGUGCCCGUCGUCCAUCGUGUCCUGGGCCGCGCCGCUGAUCGGCGCCGGGCGCGCGCGGGAGGUGCUGGACGGCAGGGUGGCCGCGCCGCCCACGGCGUGCGCGGACCGCGUCCUCGCCGUGGCGGCGCGGUGCGUGUCGGACAGCGCGGAGCUGCGGCCGGCCAUGGACGAGGUGGUGUCCGAGCUGCGCGGCGCGCUCGAGAGCGCCGGGUGGCGGCGCCACCGCGACGGCGGCGUGGUGGAGCGGGUGUGCAGGCGCGUCGCGUCGUGGGGCCAGCGCGCGCGGCGGAGGAGCAAGAGGAGGGUGCGGGCCACGGCCACCAAGGUCGAGUGCGCCGAGCACUCCGGCGGCGGCGUAGCACUAGCAGUAGCACCCGAUCGCGACGGCUCGUCGCGGAACAACGGCAUGGUGAGCGGCGCGGCGGCACACUCGAAAGCAGAAGAGGACGCGUUGGCUCGAUUCGAGAGCGAAUUGGAUCUCGUUUUCAGGUGCAUAAGUCUAUCUAUCACAAUUCUAAGUCGAUUGUUUGGAAUAACAUAGAUUAUUCCAGACAUGAGAGCUUUUUAGAGAAAUCACAUGUACGCGGACCGUCUAGGCCCUAACGUCGGACCGUCCGCGGCACCUCUAUUCACCUCGGACAGGAACUAUGUUGGAAUCAUAUUCCUACUACGGACUGUCCGAUGGAGAGAAGAGCAUCAUCCGAGACCAAGCUCGGACCGUCCGACCCUCAAGCACGGAUCGUCCGCCCGUUGAAAACCAGAAAAACUAGAAGGUGCCAGGUUCGAUAAAAUUUAUUUUUAGUGUCCUCGUGGACCGUCCGGGGUGCAUGGCCGGACCCGGACCGUCCACGACUGCUUUUUUCUUACAUUUGACGACACAUUUAAUGCACUUAUAGCUGUUGAUAUAGUUGUUACUGUUGACCGUUGCGAUUUCAGUCAUUGAUGUGCAUUGGCAGGCCAUCCGGGCUAGGAGCGCAAACCGUCCGCUUUUGGCAUAAAGUGGGCAAUGGCUAGGAAGUGGUUGGUGGCUACAAAUACAACUCCAACCACCUCCAUUCAAUCAUCCAAACACUCCACUCAUCUACAUUCAAUACAAGAGCAAGCACAUCACUCCAAGACACAUUCAAACCUCCCAAGCUCCUCCAAGUGUCAUAAUUGUGACUAGUGAUCAUUAGUGAUUAGUGUCUUAGAAAGUCUAGAGAGAGUGUGAUCUUGUGUUUUUCUUAUUGCUCUUGUUGCUUGGCUUUGUUGAUCGUGCAUUCUUUCUCUCCUUCUAAGCUCUCAAUGACUUGUAAAGCUAUCAAAAGACACCUAAUUGUGUGGUGAUCCUUGCGGGGUCUAAGUGACCAUCGAGAUUAAGAAACAUUCAACCA